AUGGCUGCUGAAAACCCUCCCUCGCAGAGCCGUCUUUCGACGCGGAUUUCUAUCCGCUGGGUCCCCGAGCCCGCCUUCGAGAAUACCGACACAAUAGUCAUGUCGGUGGCAGGCUGGUACGUCGACCUUCGUGUUGACAAGAUCUCCGGGGAUAUCGACUGGGCUAUUGCGGGCCAGCGAGUUGUCGAUGACGCGGAUUCCAGUCGGGUGUCAUUCACCCAUGAACUCGACUCUAGGAACUCGUUUGACGCGGUUGAUUGCGGUACAUUCUCCGCUCUUCCUAAUGGCGAUGAUCUUGAGAAGGGCGAAAUGCCUCGUGCCGACCUACCUGGCUCCCCGAUCGCAGAGUAUGAGGAAGUUUGGCGUGAGUUGAAAUUCCAGGAGGGCCCGGAGGGCCCCAAUACGGGUGUUUCGUGGGUCCUUGAGUCCAAGCAAAGACCCCUGGAGGAAGGGGAGGAGGCUGAAGUGGAGAGGACUUUCCUUGGGAGAGUUUGGGGUACGUACCUGGCUCUGCACCAGGUUCAGAUACAUACUCGUCCCAGAGGUUCAUCUACGACGGUCGUUAAAUCGGGACAGGAAGUCAGUGCUAGGAGGGAAGAAUGGGACUCUGCUUCCGGUUGGCAGCUCAAGUACUCCAUCGGUCCCGCCGGAGCUCAACUACCUUCUACGACCCAAAUUCUCGGGGAUAGCUCGUGGCAAACUGGCCAGACAGUUAUACUUGCAGGAAGAGAAUACGUUGUCAGAGGAUUCGAAAGAAUAGUCUAA